AUGGCUCCGUCCAGCAAAAACGCGGCUGCGGCCAAGGACCGGCGCAAGUCGAGCAACACGGCCGCCGUCGCCGUCACCAGCGCAGCAUCUUCCAAGCCCAGCAAAAUCGUCACCAUCAAGGUGCCGCCACAUAAGCUACGGGCCAUCAUCGACCCGGAUUUCGUCCCGGAAGACACGCCGGCCAAGCAAUCGCCGGCUGCAGCGCUCAAUUCGGGCAACGAGAACGUCUCCGACUCGACUCCUAACUCGCCUCCCGCGGGCACACCUGCCGCCCAGUCUUCCUCGAUGGGCCCACCCACCGAGGGCCCAAAGAAAAGGGGCGUGAAGAGAAGUGCCGGAGCCGCUGCGAAUGGCAACGGCGAGCCUAAAAUCAGGGGAAAGCCUGGCCCGAAGAAGAAGCAGAGGCUCGAAGACGGGACCGUCGAAGGCGGGCGGGGCUCCGUGCCUGCGCACAAGCUCGGCCCCAAGGCCAACCAGGGCGCUAUCAACGCCGGCCUGCGGGCGCUGGACCGCUCCGGCAAGCCGUGCCGAAGGUGGCAGAAGGGCGGCUUCACACUCAAGAGCUUCACCGGCGUGGUAUGGGAGAUUCCCCGAUGGACGGCGCCGCCGAGGUCUCGGCCCGAGUCGUCGGCCGAGGGCUCCACGCCUGCUUCGGAAGGCAGUAACAAGGAGAACAAGGAGGACAACAGCCAGAUUAAAAGCGAGGCCAGCAACAAUGGCGGGGACGUGGAGAUGCAGGGCACGCCCAGCUUUGCUGCAGACAACUCGCCUGCGCCAGUUCCCAUCGCCGCUGCCUGA